CCGUUUCCCCGCCGGGGCGGGGCGUUCCCGGGGCUGCCGCCGAGCUGCCGGGCGGCCGGCGGGGACCGGCGAGCGGGGAGAUGGCGGCGGGACGGCGGCAGCAGCAGCGGCGUCGGCGGGGCCGGGGAAGCGGCUCCGCGCAGCGGCCGCGGCAGACGGGAGAACACGUGCAGUCGCAGAGGAACGAGAAGGUGCAAUGCUCAAACCACGAUGCAACACAUACCCUUGUUCUCUCCCCUGAUGGGAAGCUUUCCGAAGGCUGGGUUACAGCUUCAGCCGCCGGCUCUAAGACAAGGCUGGUGAAAGAACUAGGAAACAAAGAUAUUGUUCAAAUAGCAUGUGGGGACGAGCAUGCCAUGGCGCUAACCAGAGGAGGUGAGCUCUUCACCUGGGGCCAGAACGCCCAUGGACAGCUCGGAGUGGGGAGCCAAACCACGCGCAUUCCCAAACCACAGCUGGUAGAAAGACUGAAGGGCAUCUCGCUCGCUCAAAUUGCUGCUGGAAGAGCUCACAGUGCUGUUGUAUCACUCUCUGGAGCUGUGUACUCCUGGGGAAAAAACGAUUUUGGACAGCUGGGACUCGGAGACACAGAAGACAGGAGCUGCCCAUCGUACAUCGGAGCGUUGGAGCACUGGAAGACUGUAUUUAUCUCAUGUGGGGCAGAUCAUACUGCAGUUCUCUCCAAGGAGGGGUUGGUGUGCACCUUUGGAGCUGGAGGGGCCGGCCAGCUUGGUCACAACUCCACCCGGAAUGAACUCGUGCCUCGUGUGGUGGCUGAGCUGUGGGGAGCGAGAGUCUCGCAGGUUGCCUGCGGCAGACAGCACACCCUGGUCUAUGUCCCUUCCUUGGACAAAGUCUAUUUCUUUGGUUCUGGUGAAGAAGGACAGCUGGGAGAUGAGAGAAAGCCUAAUCAGUUGAUACCACUUCCCAUCGAUUUACCAGUGAACUCUGGAAAAUCCUGUCAGGAAAGCAACAUGUCACAAAAGGUGAUCAAAAUUAUCACAGGAGGAAACCAAAGUAUUGUCCUUUGCAAGGACAACCAGAAUUCCUAUUUGAAUGGAAUUGCCACUCUGAAGGGUGAAGAAGUGGAUGCAUGGAUUUCUAAUUCCAGUUUGCAAGAUUGGAACAGUAUAAGAAAGAAUAUCAGACUCAUCUUUUCAUCUGAGGCUUGCAUCAAUGGAAGCUUCCUGGAGAAAAGAGACAAACAUUUCAAAACUUCCAAAGAAGUCUCAGGUGUAGACGUGUCAGAAGUGAAACAUUUCUAUGAGAAGAUCAGCAUGCAGCCAAAAGUCUUUCAGGAGGUGCAAAGGGAGGUGGAGAAGUUACUGCCAUCAUUGUCUUCCUCUCCCAUCUCACCUGAAAAUUUCAGAGUCUACUUGAUCUUGCCUUUCCUUCUGCAGGGAGAGGAUGACAGCUCUUACCAUUCUCUCAGGCUUCUAGCACAAGCUAUCUUGAAGCUCCAGCCAAAGGACCUACAAACUCUUGAAUGCCUAUGGUCAAAUCUAGAAACAGCCUUUUUCAAGGAGCUGGUCACUAUAUAUCAGAGGGUUUCGGAGAAAAACCUGAUUGAUUUUUUCCUGGAAGUCACAGAAAGCCUAAGAGACCCCUUCAGCCUGCACCCACAUGAAACAGUGACUCUGCAAAUACUGCAGAUUCUUUACCAGGUGAACUCCAGAACUGGUUUCAGAGUACAAGCAAACAACUUCUAUGUGCCUCCAGUGAAAGCGAUUGUCGCAUUAUGUUGGUCCUUCAAUAAAGAAACGUCCCUAUGGAUGCUGAGCAAAUAUCCAUGCAUCUUUGACAUGCAAGACAAGGUCAUUGUUCAUUAUACAGAAUGCAAGACUCUGGCCAGCACCUUUAGAGAUAGACACUUAACAGCAUUAGUCCAGGAACACUGGGAUUUUCCAGUCAGAAGAUGGUGCCUUCUGCAAGACAUAUGGACCCAUCUAAAUGAUGCAUCAACGCAGCAAUUCAGAAAGAUCUUAAAGGUGUCCUUCGUGGGCGAGGCCGGCCAGGACGGAGGCGGGCUGACCCAGGAGCUCUUCAGCGUGGCCGCCAGGACCCUCUGCCAGCCCGGUACCGGGGCCUUCUGCCGCCUGGCCUCCGGCCUGGCCUGGUUCCCCACCCAGGUGCCGAGCUGCGAGGACACCUUCCACCGGGUCGGGACGCUGUUCGGAAUGGCCCUGUAUCACGGGAGCGUGGUGCCUGUCCCCUUCCCCAGGGCUCUCUAUAAAAAGCUGCUGGGCCUGGCGCCCACCCUGCAGGACCUCGAGGAGCUGAUGCCAGUCGCAGCCCGGAGUCUUCAGGGAAUUUUGGAUGAAGAAUGCGAUCAAAUCCUCGAGAGCCUGGACAUGGACUUCACGAUAAUGGAAGAAGGAGGUUCCACGGUUGCCAUUGAACUAAAAAAAAAUGGUGCCAACAUUCCUGUCACUAGGGAUAACAGGAAAGAAUUUGUUGACUUGUAUGUGAAUUACGUGUUCAAUGAAUCAAUACGGAAGCCAUUUGAGGACUUUAUGCAAGGGUUUUUAAGAGGCUGCCCAGCUAGAAAGUGGAAGAUGUUUCUCCCUGCAGAGCUCCAGAUUGUUCUUCAGGGACAUACAAAAUUUGACUGGCAUCUGCUGGAAGAGAAUGUGAUUUACAUACAGUAUAAAAAGCUAGAUCAAAUCAUUGGGAAUUUUUGGACGGUGUUUCACAAGCUCCCAGAAGAAAAAAAGAAAAUGUUUCUUGCUUUUUUGUCAGGGUCUGAUCGAAUCCCUUGCUAUGCACUGGACUGUUUUAGAUUUUCUAUUGCAGAUCCUCAAGUAGAAAAUCCAGACGAGAUGUAUCCUUUUGUCAAUACCUGCAGCCAUAUUUUGUUUCUCCCCAGAUACAGAAAUAAAAGAAUACUCAAGAAAAAGUUGCUUGAUGCUAUAGAGCAUAAUGAAAAUUUUGGCUUGCCCUAACUCUUGGUCAGGAGCACUUUAAAGCAAAAACAAAAACCCAAGUCUUUGUUUCACUUGUCAUAUUUUUCUCUUAAUAACUCCAGUUGACUUACUGGUUUCUACCCUGCCUUAUUUUCACUGCACUUUAUAAACAUUUGGGUGUGUGCAUUCACUAAGAUUUUAUAUUGAUUAUAAAAAUGAGCGUAGACUGGAUACCUGAUUGUUAGAUUAUAAAGUUAGGAAAGAAGAAUCCUAUUUAACCCACUUCCAAGAAGCAAGCUGAUAACCAAGUAUAUUUAAAUAUAUGUGCAACCUGUCUACGCUGUGCUGAUCUUGUUUAGCUGGUGAGCUUUCAGCAGCAGGGGUUUUGCGAUUUGUACAUUACCAAACAUGCAACCAGUAUAUGCUAGUCAGUCAUUGUUGCAAGAGUAAAUGCUAGGGUAAAGUUUUCAUCUGCAUUAGUUAAGAAUUCUUUUGGGGAACAGCUAACGCUAAAGAGACAUGUUCCUGCAGACUGUGAAUUGAAGGAGCAGCCUGUGCUUACCUGCAUAUGGCCUUUGACUUACCUGAGAGAAGUUCUUAGGAUAAGGAUUUGAUCACUCCUAGACUUUGUCAAAAGCUGUAUUUGUAAUGCAUUAAUGGACUUUUAAUUAUUUAGUGCAAUAAAACUGUGGUAUUUGUCAUGUUUCUUUAUAUCUUCUGAGGAGAUACUUGGCAAUUAAAUCAAAAUUUCAGGCUUGCAGAACAGCUCUGUCUACAGAACCCUGCGGGCUUGAGGCCUGCAGGGCUGCUGGAAGCUCAUUGUGGAAACAGUGCCUAACCCUGGCAGGAUGCUGACACUGUCAGGCGGGAUGUGAGGGCAGGAUGUGUGGUUUUCUGUGUAUUUUGCUUCGUGUGAAAUAUAUGGAGAGAGAGAGAGAGAGAGAGAACAGUCAUGAUUUUUCAGCAGUCUUAUCUGUCCGUUUGUAUGUUAAAUGUGUCAGUGGAUAAACUUAUGUACAGAAAACUUUUAUUGUGUUGAAUUAAAUGAUGAUUGAUUAAUUUUCA